AUGUUGUCAAAAAAUAUUCUUCAAAAAUCAAAAUUAUCAACACAGUUGAAAUUUGUCCCUGCUCAAACUAGACUUUAUUCAAGAAUCUUGAUCAAUACCAACAGAACUCACUCUGGGUUGGUUGGAGAAGCUAAAGAACUGUUUAUCAAGCCUAUUAAUAAGUCACAAAUUAGAUUUUCAUCAAACAAUGUUAGAAUCAACUCGAUAGCUCCAAAUUUUCAAAAAAAUACGACCGACGGAGAGAUAGACUUUCAUAAAUUCAUUGGCGAUGCCUGGACGGUUCUUUUUUCUCAUCCAGCAGACCACACACCAGUUUGCACUACGGAAUUAGGUAGUAUUUCGUCAAGGAUAGACGAGUUUAAGGCGUUAGGAGCUAAAGUUAUAGCUUUAUCUGUUGAUGAUGUCGAAGAUCACAAAAAAUGGCUAAAAGAUUUCGAAAAAUUAGGAGACGCAUUGAAAUUUCCCAUCAUUGAUGACUCAGGUAAAGAAGUAGCAUAUGCCUAUGAUAUGUUACCAGAAGAAGCUUACACUGAAAAGUCCAAUAAACUUGUCCCAACAGUUAGAUCUGUUUUCAUUAUUGACCCUAACAAAAAAGUUAGAUUAAUAUUAACUUAUCCACCAAGUGUUGGUAGAAAUAUUGAUGAAAUAUUAAGAGCUUUAAAGGCCUUACAAGUUGGAGAUAAAAAUGGAGUUGUUACUCCAGUUGAUUGGCAACCUGGUAAUGAAGUUAUUAUUCCUCCAUCAAUUUCUGAUGAAGAUGCUACUAAGAAAUUUGGUGAAUUUAGAAAAGUUUUACCAUAUUUAAGAUAUACAAAAGUUGAUUAA